UAACCUUCAGCUUCGAACUAGUACCUAACAACUACCAGCCAGGUUCGAUAAAAAAAAAAGACUCAUUGAUACUUAUCUACUAAUCAUAUGGAAUUACGUACCAACUAACAAGAAGGGAAGCAACGAUUAAUUCUAUUUCAUCCCCCGUCAUCCCCCGUCAUCCCUAUAAAGGGUGAUAAAGUCAAGAUGCAACAACUCAAUCUAGUACCGUCUUCUCCAAACAUAUCACAUCCCGGAAUUAGGGCAACCGAUAUCACCAGCAAGUUUACCUCUGCCGUAAAGAAGUUGGCACCCGGACAACUAGUCAAAGAUGACCAUUUCACCCUUUUUGAGUCCGUCGCGGCUCUGGAGAUUAUGGACCGGAAGAUGGACAGUGGCGCUUUAGCAGAAGGCGAAUCACUCGACGAAGAAUAUGACGUCUCCCGCGAUCUGCUACCGGAGGAAAUUCUAGGCAUUAUUGACCAACUACUCUGCCUUGAGAUGGCCUGGCAUCUCGGUUACCCUCUUUCUCAGACUCUCUUCACCAGUGUCUAUAUCGAGUCGCUUAUGAAUCCUCACCCAGCCAGUAUAGAUGAGGCUGAGUUUAUAAGAGACCCUCGGGCCCGCGAGAAGCAGCCGAAAUUGCUCUUUGUUUUGCGAGCAUAUUGCCUCGGGCUCAUAAAAGCAUGUUGUUAUGUAAAUGAGCUCGUAAAAGAUGAACUUUACUAUGAGGAGGAAGAUUUCGUUACUCACACCUACGGUCGUGACUUGCUCCUCGAUAUAACCGUUGGCUCCGUCAAUAAUAUACUACAACAGGCCCGGAUUGACCUUCGCGCCGCUAGCAACGAAAUCGCUAAGGAUAUUUCUGCGGCCUUGGACCUUCGGCUCGAGCUACGUAUAGCAUUCUUGCGGGCUAUAGAUCUCUCGAGCCUACGAAAAUCCAAUCCCGAUUCCUUGAAGAUGCCCUGGAUACAGAUGAAAGGCCUACUUGAGCAUAUCAAAAAGCAGCAUUCGCUAGGCAAACCCGUGCCUGAAGCUUUCAGCACCAAACUACAGCGACGGUUGGCGAGUACCAUGCCACCACGCCCGAUGGUCCAGCCUAGCUUCGAAGAGAGCUAUGACCACUUUAAGCAGCUUUUCCAAGAUGGUGUUGAUAUCAUGGAUAUUCUGAAGUACUCAGAACCGCAAAGCCUUUUAAAUUUUGUCUUGCUUUUCCAGGCAAGAAAGCCGCAACCCCUAGUUUAUAUUAGAACGUUACUCCAGAACCUCUUAUUUAGAGAGAUGGUCGUCCUGGGCAAUUAUAGUAUUCGGCAAGUCAUCGAUCACGACCUUUCGAUUGUUGUUAUGCCUUGUGCGCCACAGAUCAACUCUUCCUACGACGAUAUAGAGGUCACCACCGAUCCUCGUCACCAGAUUGCAGCGCAGAUGGAAAUUUUCCGGCAGCGAGUGGCGGAAUGUUACCUGGAUAUCUUCAGGAUAUUCUGCCAGAACAGAUGUAGAGUUCGGCGUACGUUAUGUCACAGCAUUCAAGAAUGGGAUAUGCUUCAGGUGGACGUUGAGGAAAUCGACCACCUCCUGCAGGUCGCCUUGGAUGAGAAGCCUCUCACAACAGACAGAGGUAAUGUGGGAUUUUCGCUCCCCCUAUCGUCGUGGGCGUAUCUCUACAAGCUCAGGCAGAUGGAGUGGAUUGUCCAGCUUGGAUUCGAAUUGGAGGUCUACCAGACGGACGAGCUCGCUGGUAUGUAUUGGUAUUUAAACUACCUUGCCAAGACGCGCGCGCAGCACGGUGACCGCAUCAAAUCAUUUACAAUGCGCAGCCUAGAUGAGGCACGCCACGGCCUCGGUAACAAUGGGAAGAGCGACCAAGAGCUACCUCAAUACACGGUCGCUAAGGAGCGCGAGUAUAUGACCUCCUUAUCAUACUUGCGCCUAACAAUGCUGGACGCGGCAUGCACGUGGGAGUUUGCGGAUGGCCUCUGUUGUCUGUACACCGCGCUGCAACGCCUGAAGCUUAUCGCUUCACCGCAACGCCCCUAUGGCACCGAUACCAUGCGCUACGAUCUGCGCAUGAACCCCUUCCGGGGCAUCGCAUUGCCCCAGCUUCCGACAUUCAGCGAGUUCACGCGCGCAACCACGCAACCCGAGACCUCGACAAGCGAGCUUCUCAAGUACGCCGAGAGCGCCAUCGGGGGCGCGAAGAAGGGAUACGAGGCGUUGAGCAAGAUGUCUCCCACGCAGUCCUUCAGCGUCAACGCGCACGACCGGUGGGUUGGCAAUGUCCGCGACUGUCUUAAAGCGGCGAUUGCGGCGGGGGUUACUGUCUCCACGCUACAGAAGGCAUUAGACAAAGCGGAGGCAAACGAGGAGGGUGGCUUGCAGUUGAAGCUAAAGGUCGAGAUGCCGGCGCCCGGGAAGGGAUAUCAUGACUGGUGGAUCGUUCCGAAACUAGUUCCCGUAGCGUGACUUUCCGCCCCCGGAUCCCAAGAUGGGUGGAUUAGGUACUGAAUUAUGAUUAACUAGGGCAGAAGUUGGUUAGGUGCUGGAAGUUAGUCAGGUGGUGUUGGGAGAGACCUGGUAAUUGGCACGCGUGUACCUACGGAAUUCAUGGAUAUAAUUUCAACGGCUAGAAAGCAGGCACCUCGGUCCAUUAGAGAACGGCGGG